AUGCCAGCUUCGGAACCCCAAUUUCAUUACUGGAGAACACUUCUCUGGAGUCAAUGGUGCUUCACGCCGCCUCACCCCACGACACAAUGGACCGGCAGGACCGUGAUUGUAACGGGCGCGAACAUCGGCCUCGGAAGAGAAGCUGCGCGGCACUUUGCGCGUCUGGGCGCUGAGAAGGUCAUCAUCGCAGCGCGGAACAUAGACGCAGCCCAAAAAGCGAAGGCAUCCAUCGAAAUCUCGACCAAGUGUGGGCCCAGCGUCGUCGAAUGCUGGCCUCUGGACCUCUGCUCUUACGAUUCUGUCAAAGCGUUUGCAACGCAAUGUGGCACCUUGAAGCGACUAGACUGUCUUCUCGAGAAUGCCGGAGUGUCCAAGUACCGAUUCUACAAGACCGACGGAGCCUUGGACGAGCUCCAAAUCACAACGAACGUUGUGUCCACUUUUCUCCUUGCUUUUCUCCUCCUCCCGAAGCUCAAGGAGACAGCGCUCAAACACAACACUCAACCCCAUCUCACAAUCGUAACAUCAGAGCUGCACCACCAGGCCACGAUCCCAGAACGCAAAGCGCUCCGCCAGGGCGUCCACACCACGCUCCUCGAUGCUCUCAACGAUCCCCGCACAUCCAGCCGCUCAGGCCGCUAUCCGACUUCCAAGCUCCUGCAAGUGCUCUUGUUGCGGGAGCUAACAUCGUCUCUGGGAAAGGACUAUCCAGUGGUGAUCAACUGCGUGAACCCAGGUUUCUGCCACUCGGCCCUAACGAGGGACUUCGCACCUAUAGCGUAUAUCGGCAAGAUUGCGAUGCGGGCGAGAAGCACAGAAGUCGGAAGUAGGACGCUGGUGCAUGCAGCGAGUGCGGGGAGAGACUCCUUUGGCGAGUACUUGAGUAAUUGUCAGGUCGCGCUGGUGAGCAAUUUUGUAAGGACGAGCGAGGGAAGGGAGGUGCAGGAGAUGGUUUGGAGGGAGGUUCUGGGGAGGCUGGAGGGCAUUGAGCCGGGGAUUAGUAGGAAUUUGCGAUGA